CAGGGUUAACGGGUAGACAGCGAACGAGGUAUUUCUAUAGCCUAGCCAAAUAUUUUUUUUAGAUUUAAGAUGUUCUUGAAAAAAUUAUUCGAUUGCCAAAUUUCGUUUGAUAAUUCAUUAAAUUUUUUAUUCCAUUUAUGGUGCUUGUUGAGUGUCCGCUAAAUUGAAAACUAGAUCUUGAGGUAAAUUUUUGAAAUGAUUCAUAAAAUUGUCUUAUGUAUACUAUGAACCAGUUGAUGUUGACCUAUUAGGAAAAAUAAUUUAAAAAAGGUAGUAAUAUGAAAGUAGUAGCAUUAAUUAGUGGUGGAAAAGACAGCUGCUACAAUAUGAUGCAGUGUAUAGCGGCUGGUCAUGAUAUAGUUGCAUUGGCCAAUUUACAACCACAUAGUAGGGAUGAACUAGAUAGUUACAUGUAUCAAAGUGUUGGCCAUCAAGCAAUAGAUUUGUAUGCUGAAGCAAUGGGGUUACCAUUAUUCAGACAGCAAACAAAUGGUGUUGCAUUACAACAAGAAAAAGUAUAUACUAGAACACCAAAAGAUGAAGUUGAAGAUUUAUUUGAUCUUCUUGUUAAUAUUAAAAAACAAAUUAAUUUUGAUGCUAUAGCAGUUGGUGCUAUUCUUUCUGAUUAUCAGCGAUUGCGUGUAGAAGAUGUGUGCUCAAGGUUAGGAUUGUGUUCAUUAUCAUAUUUAUGGCGUCGUGACCAAAAAGAAUUGUUACAAGAAAUGAUUGACUGCAAUAUUGAAGCAAUAGUUAUUAAAGUAGCAGCACUUGGGCUAGACCCUACUAAACAUUUAGGUUUACGAAUUGAUAAACUUAUGCCUCAUCUAGUUCAAAUGAAUGAAAAGUAUGGCUUAAAUAUUUGUGGAGAAGGUGGAGAAUAUGAAACUUUCACUCUAGACUGUCCUUUGUUCACCAAAUCGGUGAUAAUUGAAGAAUUUGAAACAGUUAUGCACACAAAUGAUGUAAUUGCUCCAGUUGGCUAUAUAAAUUUUAAAAAGUUCUGCUUACUUAAAAAACCGAAUGUUGAUGAAAAUCAAAGUUUUCGUGAUCGUUUAGCUAAAUACUCUGUACGGAGUCCUCUUGCUCAUUUAAUGGAUUUAGAUGAUUUAGAAAUUGAUUUAGGAACAAUUGCUGAUAGUGAUAAUCUAGAGAAUAUUACUACAGAUAAUUCUAUUGAUCAAAUUGAUGGACUAAUGAACGCUAGAGAAAUCAUUGAAACAGAUUCUGUAUCCUGUAUUGGAUAUCCAACUGGAUGGACAUGGAUCAAUUCUUUAGUUGGUUAUUGGGAAGAAAAUAAACCACCUAUUCUAGUUGCUUUAGAAAAACUUAGAGAUUUAUUAUGUAAAAGGAAUCUAGAGCUAUCUGAUGUAGUAGCAGUUACUUUAUAUGUACGUGAUAUGACUGAAUUUUUAAAAAUGAACGAGUUGUAUGCAUCAAUUAUGUGUAGAGUUAGUCCUCCUGUUAGAGUUUGUGUAGAAAUACCUUUAUCCGAACAUACUCCUAUUUUAAUGGAUGUCGUUGCAUAUAAGCCACCUCGGAAAAAUUCUUCAAAUUCCAAUCUCCCAGCAGUUGCUAAACAAACUAUGCAUGUACAGAGUAUAUCCCAUUGGGCGCCUGCAAAUAUUGGACCUUACAGUCAAGCUAUUAAAGUUGGUGAUAUUAUUUAUGUUGCUGGCCAAAUUGCUUUAGUGCCUGGAACUCUUAAUAUUGUAGAAGGUGGAAUAUUAAGAGAGUGCCGGCUUUCACUACGCCAUGUAAGCAGAAUAAUAAAAGCUGUUGAUUCAAAUACACAACUUAGAGACGUUGUUCAAGGAAUUUGUUAUGUUACAAAUACUAAGUAUAUCCAUGCUGCUAGGACAGAAUGGGAGAAACGCACAAAUAAUGCUAUUGUUGAUUAUGUAGUAGUUUCUCGGCUUCCAAAAGAUGCAGUAGUUGAAUGGCAUUUAUGGGCUCACAAACAUAAUUCAAGAUUUGAAUAUGAAGAAACAGGUUGCUGUGUUGACAAUUAUAGAGUAUCAAUAAGGCGUAGAUGGAAUUAUGAAAACAAUGUAGCAGCUAUAGUUACAUAUAUUUCCUCUGGGUCCUGUACGUCAUUAUUAGCUAUAAAUGAUUUUACUGAAACUUCAUCAGAAGUUAUUUCAGCUACUGGUCUAGAGGAGGCUUUUCGUUAUUCUCUUAAGAGAUUGCUUCGAGGUGAGCCUACAUCAACACCUACUGAUGCAAUAUGUUCUUUAAGAAUAUUUUACAAAGUUUCAUGUGAGCAGAAACCUCCAAUUUACAGACAACUUAUAAAUUCCACUCUUAAAACUUUAAAAACUGAGUUCCAUAUUGUUGCUACUGUUGUACCCGUUUUGCAUUUGCACCACCCUAAUACAUUUGUAUCAAUUUAUGCUCUACGGCAUAAUACCUGAAUUAUAGAGCACUAAUAAUAUUUUAUCUAAUAUAAAUAAAUUUUACUGUAUUUAGAACAAAAAAUAUAUUAAUAAGUAUUGAUUAAUCAAUUCAAUGAUAAUUAGAUUACUAUUAAUGUAUAAUUGUUCUACUGCAAUGACUAAUUCAAUAUUUAUUUUCAUCAUACUUAAUAAUUACAAAUUAAAGAAAAAUUCAACUAAUUUUAAAAGCAUCAGACGAGCAAUCCGUCCGAUAAAUGUUUUUUAUUAAGUAAUAUUGUUAUCAAUAAUUUUUCUUUAAUUACU